AUGCAAUACUACGAGUAAGACAUUGAAGAUGAAAGUAUGAAUAAUCAAAUAACCUCCAGUAUCAGAUACUUCAUAAGAUGAAUCUCCAUUAAAGCGAUGCAUGACAGCUCCUGCUAGACCUUUGACAGAGCUUGAAGAAUUUAAAAGGUAUUGCCUAUUGUAUUAAGUUUGUCUAGGUCAACAGAAUAUGAGCUCUUAGAAAAGGCAUAUAGAUUAUCGAGUUAACUUGUUUAGAGAGAUUUUCAUAAAUAUGAUCUAGACAAUCCUGAAGGAUAGAAAUAAUGCAAAAAGUUUUUACAAAAUCUCGAAAAAAUGUGUGAAGUAAUAAAAUGUAAUAACACAGGUCUAUUAGGUUAAGGUUGAAUCUCGUGAAUAUAGGAAUCAUUUUUCAAAAGCUUAUAAAAUUCUAUAUACAUAGGAUAAAUUGUGUUACUUGACUGAAAUUCUCGAUAGUGCUCAAGAAGGUUUUUUAAAUAAUUAGAAUAGGGUUUCCAUAUUUAUGGGUAAAUUCUGAGAAAUAUUCGUUCACUCUUGAAGUUUUAGAAGCAGGAAUAAAGUUAGUUGAUGCUUUUUAUAAAGUGUAGCAUGUUAUUAGACACCUAUAUACAAACACUCUUUAAGAAAGUCCAGAUUUCUCAAAGUCUAGUUUAAUACUUGAGAUUUAAUUUUUAUUAGAAAAUUUUGAUGAUAUAUGGGUAUAAUUUGAGAAGGUACUUAUAAUAAGAUAGAAUAAUAGUUAUAUGUGAAGGAAUUGAUGGAGAUAGAAGGGAAAGCAAGGAGAUUUAUAUUAUAAGCAAUUUAGAUAGAUAAAGAAAUGCAAUCAAUAGAAAUAAGAGAGAAAUUAAGAGGAAAGAUUUUGGUUACAAGUGAAAGUUAUUUACAAUUAAAAACAACAGUAUAAGAAUAUGAUUAUUUUUAGUUUUGUAAAGUGUUAGCUUAGAUAAAUUCAGUAGCAAAUGUUGAGGGUAAAGGAAGAGAUGAUUUAGGAGUGAAUAUUCUAUUAGAGGCAGAAGGAAUAACAAGAAGAGUGACAUAAGAAUAAUCAAAGGCUGUAAGAAGAUUAGCUGAUAGUAUAAAAAUGAAGUAUAAAAUUAUGAAAUAAUAGUUUUAAAAAGUUUCGAGAGUAGAUGCGAAAAUAUGAAGAAAAUAUUGAGAUGGUGGAUCCUUAGUUGAAGAAUAAUAUUGAAUUAGUAGAAUUAUUAGUAGAAUAUGAGACAUAAUGGGAAAAGGGUUUACAUUAUUUAUUAGAACCUAGAAAAUAUAUAUAAUUAAUGUUGUUCUCUCAUAUAAUAGAGACUACAGCAGAAAAGCAUAUUUAAUUUGCAGAAUAAUUAGAAUGUAGAGAUAGUGAUGUCUUUGUAACUAUUCCAUGUCUAAUUGUAUUGAAACAUUUGGAAAAUGAAGAUAAGAAUAUUUGCAAAUAUUUUCUGCCUAUGCUUGAUGAUGAGAAAUCAAAAUUAUAUUAAUAAUUUGAAUAAUUGCAAUAAGACUUUCUGAAUUUUCGAGAUUAACAUACAAAAUAAUAUGAAUACUAUAAUUUAAUUGAAAAGAGAUUAUUAGGCAUUGGAUAAAAUGAUGUUUGUGAAUAAGUAAAUGCAUAAAUAGAUAGAAUAAUGCAAAAGAUAAAGUUAUUAUCAAUAGAAAUUUAAAGAUAUAAUGCAAUAGAAUGGAAUCUAUUUAUUGAUGCUGCAAUUAAUACUUGA